AUGGCGCCAGUCGGACCUGUUGUCCAUCAAAAUGUCGCCACAAAAGCCAAACGUCCCAUCCCACCGGGGAUCCAGACCAACGGAGUUAUAUCUUCUUCAAAAUCCUCGCCCUCUCCGUCAAUGUCGGCAAAGAAACCACCUCCGAGCGCGAAGCAACCGCCGCACUCUGCCAGCGAGCGGGCUAUAACCGCGUCAACCGUGCGGCCCAUCAACCGAGCACGCCGAGAAACCGCAUCGCAACUUGCCGGCAGGCAUUCAAGAAACAGCGCCGGCCUUCGCUCAGCAUCCAUGGCUGCAGAGACAACGCUGCACGAUGCGGAGCCUCCACCUUAUGUGGUUACCGACAGCUACAUCCUGAAGAAGUUCGCCGGUCGACCACCAUCACUUAUAAUUCAUAUGCACCCGACACAUUUUCGAUUCGAUAACCAAGAUGGCAUGUUUCCGUACAAGUCACCGAUGAAACUGUUCCUCGAUCACCUCCGGAGUCGCACGGUUCCUCACGACCUUCUCCAAUAUCUUACAGAUGCGGGUGUGCCAUUCUACGAAGGCUGCCUCAUUGUUCAAGUCCACGACCACAAGUCCGUCGCCCAAGCAAAGGAUGUCUCCAAACCUACACCACCCAAGGGCUCGGUGGUGCCAUCAUCCAUACACAAUUACAACCAAUAUCUCACACCUUCCCCCUUUGUCCCCUUUCCCAAGGAAAGUUUGUCCUCGGACGGCAACGUUAAGGGUGGGGAUUCGAAGGACAAAUUCGCUGAAGAAAAGAACAAGGAAAGCACUGUUGCCGUUCCCGCUCCCGAGGAUGUGAAAGGAAAGACGACAAAACCGAAAGUGUUUACGGUUGUACUGCAUCCUACUGCACUCAGCCUCCAGAUGGACUUGUUGAUCAAGGGUUCUACUCCCAAGGACAGCGACAGCAUCUCUGCCAUUCCACCUCCAACGCCAAUGUCCAUAGUCCCGCCAACGCCGACUGCCACCAGCAUGCCACCACCGGCUAAGCGACAGAAGCGUGAAAAGACGGAACUCGACGGGAGCAACAUCCAUGCUGCAGAGGGCCAGAUUCUAUUGGCUACGACUGCACCUUUGAUGCUGGAGCCAACCAAGAACAUCGAGGAAACCAUUGUUCUCCUUGAGGCAAUGUCUCAUCCCAAGCACUCUGAACCACCACCACAGCCCAAGACUCGUAAGAGGACUGUGGCCGAAGUGGCUGCUGAUGAAGCUGCAGCCGCUGAGGAGGAACGUUACAUGCUCUUUGGCGACGAGCGGUUGUCCUCAAGUGUUGCUGGCGCUCAGAAUGGCGGUGCAGCAGACGGAGAUGCCUCGGGAGGUGCAACCUUUGAGCCAAGAUUCGAGAGAUUCAAGGUUCUCGCCGAUAUCAAGCGAGAACAUGCCGAGAAGAAGGAGCAGGAGAAGCUCAAGCAGCAGGAGAAUGACCGAAGACUCCAGCAACAGAGACAGCAGCAACAACAGGAAGCGGUUGUAUUGGCCCAAAGACAGGCUGCAGAGCAAGAGCGCACUCGACGAGAAGCUGCUGCUAGGGAGGCUCAGCUACGACAAGCAGAGACUCAGCGACAAGCGCAAGCCCGCGCAGCCGCCUCGACGCCAAGCAACCAGAACAAUGCCAGACCCAACACGGCUCAACCCCAGCAUGCCCAUACCCAGAAUAACACAAUGGCGAAUGGAGUCACCAACGCAGUCAACGGGGCCACACAAAACACCGUUGCUAAUAACUCACAAAACCAGGCCCAGCCUCAGGCCCAGGCCCAACCCCGGUUCCAGGCUCAGAUCACACAACCGCCGGCCUCUUCUCCCGCUGCUCGGCAGGGUACUCCUCAAAACAUGUCGUCUCCUAUGGUCGCGAGCGUCCCAAUGCAGCAGACCAACUCUGGAAUGGCCGUAAGCCCGCCACGACCAGCCUCGGUUGUCCAGAAUGCACCUAUGUCGGUGCCCAUGGCGCAUAACAUGUCUUCUAGAGGCAGCCAGCAGAGCCAUCCAUCUGGAACACCACGCAUCCCUCACUCUACGCCCAACAUCUCUCAUGGCACGCCUAUCAACCGACCUGCGAUGACGUCGACCCCUCGCAUGACUCAGGCCAGUCCACCCCCUAACAUGAUGGCGCAGAAUUCGCAGAUGGGACAGGCCAUGAUGAUGAACAACCAGAACAUGAACCAGGCGAACCAGCAGGCCAUCGCCCAAGUCGCGGCUCACCAACGAGCCAUUGCCCAGCAGCAACACAUGGCGGCAAUGCAGAAUGGUGUUAAUAACGGCAACAUGAAUGGCAACAUGAACGGCCAAAUGUCACCCCAGCAGCAACAACAGAUGAUGCAGAUGAUGCAACGCCAGCUGAUGCUGCAGCAGCAGGCGCAACAGUCCCAGGGACAGCAUCAGCAAGCACAGCAGGGCAACAUGAUGACCCAACAGCUGGCCCAGCAGUAUGCCCAGCAGAUCCAGAACAUGUCAGGCAACCAGAUGCGACAGAUGACGCCACAGAUGCAAGCUCAAUUCCAGCAAAUGAUGCGCAUGCAGCAGGUUAAUGGCCAAAUGGGUAACAACAUGCAAGGCCAGGUUAACGGCCAGAUGAUGAACGGAAACAACGUGAACAUGCAGGCUCUUCAGGCCAUGCAGCAACAACAGGCUCAACGGCAGGCUCAGGCACAACAAGCUCAGCAGCAGCAGCAACAGCAGAACCAACAGCAGCCUCAGCAAGGACAGCAGCAAAUGGGUAAUAACCCCAUCCAGACUCAGAUCCAGCAUAAUGCGCGGGUUAUCUACCAUCAACUGUUGCAGCAAGCCAUUCUCAAACACGGGUCUCAAGACAGGAUCCCGGCGGAGAUCAAUGAGAAGCUCAAGCAAACCAGCAUCUCACGAGCUCAAAAUCUGUUCCAGCAAGGGAUGAUACAGCGUAGGAAUCAGCAGCAGCUCAUGAUGCAACAGCAGCAACAACAACAAAUGCAGCAGAUGCAACAACAGCAGAUGCAGCAGCAACAGUUGCAGCAGCAGCAAAUGCAACAGAUGCAAGGAAUGAACAACAUGAUGGGUCCCCAAGGAGGGAUGUGA